CUAUAAAACAGGGCUAGCCAGCAGAAAACGGCUAGGAGCAACAUGGACAACAUGUUUGAGAACUACAUCAACAACCUGAGGCGGCAGCUGGAGACUCUGGGCCAGGAGAAGCUGAAGCUGGAGGCGGAGCUUGGCAACAUGCAGGGGCUGGUGGAGGACUUCAAGAACAAGUAUGAGGAAGAGAUCAAUAAGCGUACAGAGAUGGAGAAUGAAUUUGUCCUCAUCAAGAAGGUUGUGGAUGAAGCUUACAUGAACAAGGUAGAGCUGGAGUCUCGCCUGGAAGGACUGACUGACGAGAUCAACUUCCUCAGGCAGCUGUAUGAAGAGGAGAUCCGGGAGCUGCAGUCCCAGAUCUCCGACACGUCUGUGGUGCUGUCCAUGGACAACAGCCGCUCUCUGGACAUGGAUGGCAUCAUUGCCGAGGUCAAGGCGCAGUACGAGGAGAUCGCCAACCGCAGCCGGGCUGAGGCAGAGAGCAUAUACCAGAUCAAGUAUGAGGAGUUGCAGAUGCUGGCUGGGAAGCACAGGGAUGACCUGCGGCAUACGAAGACUGAGAUCUCCGAGAUGAACCGGAACAUCAGCCGGCUCCAGGCUGAGAUCGAGGGCCUCAAAGGCCAGAGGGCUUCCCUGGACGCCGCAAUUGUAGAUGCUCAGCAGCGUGGGGAUCAGGCACUCAACGAUGCUCAUGACAAGCAGAAGGAGCUGGAGGCCGCCCUGCAGCGGGCCAAGCAGGACAUGGCAAAGCAGCUGCGUGAGUACCAGGAGCUGAUGAAUGUCAAACUGGCCCUGGACAUCGAGAUCGCCACCUACCGCAAGCUACUGGAGGGCGAGGAGAGCCGGCUGGAGUCCGGGAUGCAGAACAUGAGUUUCCACACGAAGACCACCAGCGGCUAUGCAGGUGGUCUGAGCUCUGCCUAUGGGGGCCUCACAAGCCCCGGCCUCAGCUACGGCCUGGGCUCCAGCUUCGGCUCUGUCAUGGGCUCCAGCUCCAUCAGCCGCACCAGCUCCACCAAGGCUGUGGUUGUGAAGAAGAUUGAGACCCGCGAUGGGAGGCUGGUGUCCGAGUCCUCUGAUGUCCUGCCCAAGUGAACAGCUGCAACAGCCCCUCCCAGCCUGCCCCUCCUGAGGCUGCCCCAGAGCUCAGGGAACAGGAGACCCACCUGAUGCUCAGCCCUAGCCCUCAGCCCACUGGUGGGGAGUUUACUGCCUGGGGACCCCCCUUACUCAUGCCUCCAGCUGCAAAACAAUUCAAUUGCUUUUUUUUUUUUUUUGGUCCAAAAUAAAAUCUCAGCUAGCUC